AUGGAUGCAUACUGCAUGGCAGUGCGGUGUCUAGAGGAAAAGUUCGACGGCCUCGAGCUUAACCACGUGUUAAGGAAAUACAAUGAGGCCGCCGACACGCUCGCCAAAAUGGCAUCCGAGCGGGCCACGGUCCCUCCAGAUGUUUUCAUCAGCGACCUCUACAAGCCCUCUGUUGACUACAAGGACGACGGGGGGUCGGAUAAACCCCCAAGCGAACCAGGCCCUGACCCCAAGGACUCCACCGUUCAGGAGCAGGAGGCCAUGGACAUCGAGCCCGAGCCCCCUGCACCUGACGACUCGCCAGACUGGCGCUACCCCCUGCUGCAACGCCUCGUCGAUGGCACUCUACCCCUAGACCAGGCUGAGGCAAGGCGUGUGGCUCGUCGGGCCAAGACUUUUGUCCUCCUCGAUGGGGAAAUGUAUAAGCGCAGCCCCUCGGGCAUCCUUAUGUGUUGCAUCCCACGUCAGGAGGGAAUCAAGCUCCUACAGGACAUACACUGA